AUGAGACGAGCCUGUGAACUAGAAUUCUCCUCAUACAAUAUUCUGCUCAGUGUGGUAUUUUUCUGUAUCUUUACACUCUCUCUAAUUGGGAACUGCCUCGUCAUCAUCACAGUCCUUUCAAAAACACAUCGGUCAGGUUCUAUAACGAACUUCUACCUAUUGAAUCUCGCAAUCGCAGACCUACUACGCAGUGUUGUUUGUAUGCCGCUCACUUUACUUAGCGAACUUACAAGAUGUUGGAUACUUGGACCUCUGAUGUGCAAAUUGGUCGCAUUUCUACAACCUGUCGGAGUCUGCGCUUCCGCUUAUACGUUGGCCGUAAUCGCCGUCGAGCGCUACUAUGCAAUUUGCCAGCCAUUGCAAUUAAGAAAGUGGAAGACGAAGAAACGGGCAUUGCUCACCAUUUCAAUGGUUUGGACAUUUUCAUUCGUUUGUAAUAUCGGUACACUAUUUAUUUUUGAUUCUGUACGUUACCGUACCCAGUGGACCUGUGAUACCUACGGAGGACCGUUGAUGAAUUUCCUCUACCAACUCUACGUAACCUUGGUUUUAUUGCUCAUUCCACUUUGUGUAAUGGUUAGCCUUUACGGGCAUGUAAUCAAUUCGCUUUCAACGGCCAUCGUUGGCGAUAACCCCGCACUAACUGAAAACUUAAGCAUUGUAAGUUCUUCUCUUAGUUUUCGUUUUCGUUUUCAGGAGAAAAUUCUAAUAGCGAAGAAGAAAGUGACACGCAUGCUGAUGACGAUCGUGGUGGCGUUUGCUGUCUGUUGGUUGCCGAACUUUCUUUGGUGGUUACUUGUUCGAGCUUCCGAUUUUGCGGGUGCUCCUGUGUGGCAUUCCGGGCUUAAUAUGGCGCUCACCACACUUACUUACAUCUCGUCGACAACGAAUCCAAUCACUUAUUGUUUUAUGAAUAAAAGGUUUCGUAGCUCAGUGCUAUCGCAUUGUGCUGAAAUGAAAAGACGAGUAAGUACACGAAAAUCAAACGGGAAAUCGGUAGUACCCUUAGUCAACAUUGAAUUGGUCAUAGAGGAAAUGAUUUAUCACACGAGUAAAAGUUGCAUUUUCACUUAA